AUGGACAGAGAAGCGAAGGUGACAUUUCAGUCUAAGCUCAUCACCCCAAAUCAGGAAGAUAAGCAGCGCAUUUUCCUCCUUACAUAUUUUGUGAAUACAAAAGAAAUUUCUAUCCAAGAAGGCAGAUCUCCAUGCACUUCACAAGCACACCCAUACUAUUCACGCGGUAAAAUCACAAAUCCAGCAGUCCAAGGACCAUACGAGCCCAAAGAUUUCUAUGUUGGCUCCACAAUUACAGCUCUUGGACGUAAAUUCUAUCUUACAGACGCAUCACAAGCAACACUUGAAUUUAUGGAACUUCACUGCGAUUUAUUCCCAAUGUGCGAUCUUAAUAAUGCUAUUGAUUAUGUUAAGGAGACAGGAAAAGCCGCAAAUCUUAAGAAGGCCUUCCAAGCAAGAGAUGACAGAGGAAAGGGCUUCAUUCCAGUACAAUACGCUCAAGAAAUAUUAGAUUCUGCUCGUAUAGAGCCUCAAUUUGUUUUGACAAUCUUACGCAGAUUCGAUGAGAAGGGAAUGUUUGACUUCGGCACCCUCUCACAGUAUCUUUAG